AUGUCCUUGGGUGUGUGGACUGAACGGUUCGACCUUCAUGACGGGCCUCUAUUUUCGCCUAUAUUUGAGUUUUUCUCGAUUAGAUAUUUCAAAGCAUAUAUGAAUGGCAAUGGGGAACUUGAGAAUAGACUAUUAGGCUACAUAGAUUGGUGUUCUGCAGAUACAAUAUCUAAGAUUGAAAUUGAGAAAAUGGGUAAAGCCUUAGGAUUAGAAGUUGGGGAGUAUAAGUAUUUUUGGACAAGUCCUACUCAUGGCUUCCUAAGAGAGUUGGCAUCAGACAUUGAUGUUCUUAACAUGGCUGAAGUUGUGGGUCCUUCUAGGGUGGUGAUAGUAGAGGCUAGGCUCUCGACUCCUGUGAAUACCAAUGUGAAUGUCAAUGAACCAGAAAUUGUGGAUGCCGAUGACAGUGAUGUGUAUGAUUCAGACUACUCGUUUGGUGGUGAUGAAGAUAUGGAAAAUGAUGACAUUGUAUCAUUAGAAUCCGAGUCUUUCCAUGAGGAACAACCUGAUGCUGUGGUAGAUGAUGAGGCUGUAGAGUCUGAAGCUGCUGCAGAGAAUGGUGAGGCUGUGGAGUCUGAAGCAGAUCAACCAUUAGACUGCCCUUCAUCUGAUUAUGCAGGGUCAGAGCAGUUACUGUCAGGCUCUGAUAGUGACAAUGAAGGGUUAUCCAGGCCUAGGUUUCCAGACUUUGAUGAAGAUAACAUCAAUGAUCCUCAGUUUGAAGUAGGGAUGAUGUUCAGUAGUUUCCAACAGUUCAAAGAGGCAUGUAGAAACUAUGUCAUUAAAAACAGAUAUGUUAUCAACUUCAAGCCAAACAAUAAGAGGAGAUGCAAAGCCAUUUGCAAGAAAAGCUGCCCUUUCUUCAUGUGGGCUUCUUUGAUGAGCAAGGACAAUUCAACUGUCCAGAUCAAAACUGGAAUUCUGACCCAUUCAUGUCCUAGGGAGCAUAGCAUAAGACAUGUCAACACAAAGUGGGUGUCAAAGGAAUACCUAGAGCAGUUUAGGUCAGACCCAACCUGGAAGCUAGAGGGUAUAAUGCAAGCAGUUAGGACAAACCAGAAGAUAGAGAUAUCAAAGACAAUUGCCUAUAGAGCCAAGAAGAGAGCUUUAGGUAUCAUUAAUGGAGAUGAGACAGAGCAGAUUAGUCUGCUGCAUGACUAUAGACUUGAGCUCAUUAGGACACACCCUUGA